AUUUGUCACGUGAUAACUAGUGUGCGGCAGUGUAUUUGGUGCACUGAUUUGGUAAUUUUUGGUGUCUGUUUUGUCUAUGGUUGUGAUGGUUGUGGCAGUGACUGUUGUCGUGAUCCGCUGAUCGUGCGUGAUUCACGACACAAGGCAUAAGCCAUAACACAUAAACAAUCACACCCUGUCUGGUCUCUUCCAAUAACUGAAAUCGAUUAACAACCGUGACUGGACUCUGGAGUUAACGAAGUCCGAAGUCGUGAGGGCACAGUCUCUCACCAAAAUUAACCAGCAUCAACUUCAGGAAACGAGUGGAGGCUGUCUAACCCAAAAGUCCUGAAAAAUAAAGUUGACAAUAACUGGACAACAUGGGUCCAAAGAAGUUGGGACCGGCUCCGACUGUGGAGCAGAUGCAGCAAGAUGUGUUAACACAGGUAGCUCGUAAAUUUUGGUUAGGAGAUCCAUCAAGGAGACCAGAAUUUGAGCCUAAGGUAAUUGAGGAUGUGUAUGCAAGAGACAUCAUCGGAACGAAGUUUGCAAAUAGAAGAAUUAUGUUGUUAGAGUUCAGUCAAUAUCUAGAAAACUACUUGUGGCCAAACUUUAGUAGCGACACAACCACCCAAGCACAUAUGAUGUCGGUCGUUGUCAUGGUGAACGAGAAGUUUAGGGAACGUGUUCCAGCAUGGGGGUGUUUCAAAGCAAAACCCGACUUUGGGCCAUUGUUUCGUAUGGUGAUGGAGGCAAGUUUGGCCGAUGAAAGCAGCAUUACCUUGGUGGAGCAAACACAUUUGCUCUUGUUUCUUAAUCAUUGCUUCAACAGUCUGGAGGUAGAUAUCAUCAGACAGGAAGUACAAAAGGUUGUCUCCAUCCAGAUUUGGGAGUGUCUAUUGCCGUCUCGUCUGGAGCAAGAGUUGAAGGCGAUGCCGCGACUGAGGAAGAUCUGGACUGCGCUGCGCAAGAGAGACGACAAGGCGGACGCUGCAACGCGCGACUGCCAGAAGUUUGAGCGUCGAUUUCUGCACGGCAUCAUCCAGAAGUUUCUCAAGGUUCUCGGCUCGAUACCGGCAGAAGGGCCCGUGGAACGCGUGCGCGUGCGCUACUGCGAACGCUUCAUCGAGCUGACGGUGGACGUGGAGGCGUUGCUGCACACGCGCCGAUUCUUCAACACUCUCCUAGAUGACGCCAAGCUCGUCACACAAUGCCAGCUGUCCGGACUGAAGAAGCGCGAGGAGGGCCACUUGUUUGACCAGCUGCUUGACAUGCUCAAGUUCUACGCCGGCUUCGAGAUCAACGAUCUAACCGGCGAAGCCCUCACCGACCACGACAUGACGCAGCUGCACUACGGCCGCAUCGGCUCGCUCCAGACCGCCGCCUUCCGGCGUUUCGACGGUGCGUUGCGACGAUUCUCUCUCGCCAACGUCGCCAGCGUCGAUGAUCGCGCGAAGCUGCUCGAGCAUUUCGGCGCGCUCGACGCGCGGCAGCUGCGGGAGAUCGCCGCGCAGCUCCGCCUGGUGGCCGGCGAGGGCGACGGCGAGAGCGAGGCGGAGACGUACGCGAAGGAGCUGCUGCUCGAGUUGCUGGUGUCUAGGCAUGAGAGACGGCCCUCCCAGCUAGAGGCUCUCAAUGAGAUGCCCCUCUACCCAACAGAAGCAAUCUUGUGGGAUGAAAACAUAGUUCCCACGGAGUACUUUUCCGGAGAGGGGUGCCUUGCAUUGCCUAAACUCAACCUGCAAUUCCUGACAUUGCAUGACUAUUUGCUGAGGAAUUUCAACCUGUUCCGAUUGGAAACCACCUACGAGAUACGUCAGGAUGUAGAAGACCAAGUACGAAGACUAAAGCCAUGGAAAGCUGAGAUGAAAAGCUGCUAUUUCGGCGGAUGGGCAAGAAUGGCUCAGCCCAUUAUCGGUUUCAGCGUCGUUGAGGUAGGCCAGUGUGCGAAGCCUAACAUCGGUGAAAAUCAGCCGUCCAGCGUGCGGGGACCGGUCACGCUCACUCUCAACGUCAGAGCCGAUGUGAAGAAAGAGUGGGAAGCUCUGAGGAAGCAUGAUGUUGCCUUCCUGUGUAUGGUGAGGCCCACCAGGCCUCGAACGCGCUUCAGCCUGCAGGAGCCGUUUGUACCUCAGGCAGGCCUGGGUGGCGUGCGCGGCUGCGAGAUAGAGGGAAUGCUGGACGAGGAGGGGAAGCUGAUAGAGGAAGGUGUGAAUCGGCCGACGCCAGAACUUCCUGGCUACACCAGAACCUGGCGCAGUGGGCUCGACUGUAACCAGUAUCAAAUGGACAUGGAAAAAGUUGCUCAGGGAGGAGAGGAUGUAUACGAGUCUUUCAAUAUCCUCAUGAGGCGGAAACCCAAGGAGAACAACUUCAAAGCGGUGCUGGAGACUAUCAGAGAUCUAAUGAACACGGAGUGUGUAGUGCCGGACUGGCUGCACGACAUCAUUCUUGGCUACGGAGACCCAGCCUCUGCCCACUACUCCAAGAUGCCGAAUCAAGUAGCGACACUGGACUGGAAUGACACGUUUCUCAACUUGGAACACCUCAGAUCAAGUUUUCCUGAGCACAAAGUCAUUACCAAGUGUGAAAGUGACCAGAAAUUGAAUCCGCCAUUCAGGUUGACCUUCACGGAGGUUGAAACCGACAAGAAACGGCAGGUUGACUCGGACUCCGGCAAGCCGGCCAGCAGGGAAAUCGUUGUCGAAUCUCACGUCAUACCCAAUCGGGGGCCGUACGCUUACAGCCAGCCGAAAAAAAACACGGUGGCCUUCACUCCCACGCAAGUUGAAGCCAUUAGAUCUGGCAUGCAGCCUGGCCUGACUAUGGUGGUUGGUCCGCCGGGAACAGGCAAGACAGAUGUUGCCGUUCAGAUCAUCUCCAACAUCUAUCAUAACUUCCCCGAGCAAAGAACACUCAUCGUGACACAUUCCAACCAGGCGCUCAACCAGCUGUUUGAGAAGAUCAUGGCGCUGGACAUCGAUGAGCGACACCUGCUGCGUCUCGGCCACGGCGAGGAGUCGCUCGAGACAGAGAAGGACUUCAGCCGAUACGGACGAGUCAACUUUGUCCUCGCCAAGCGUCUCGAGCUUCUCGCCGAGGUCGCCCGCCUCCAGGAGAGCCUCGGCGUGCCUGGCGACGUCUCGUACACCUGCGAGACGGCGGGUCACUUCUACCUGUACCAGGUCCUGUCCAGGUGGGAGGAGUACAUUAGCAAGGUGAAGGAGAAACCGGGGAAGGAGGUGGCUGCGGCCGCCGUGGGCGAUCUGUUUCCCUUCGCCAAGUUCUUUGAGAAUGCACCGCAGCCGGUCUUCAAGGGCUGUUCAUACACGGAGGACUUUGAUAUCGCCGAGGGCUGCUUCCGUCACGUCACGAAGAUCUUCACGCAACUCGAGGAGUUUCGCGCGUUUGAGCUACUACGCAGCGGCCUCGAUCGCUCCAAGUAUCUGCUCGUUAAGGAGGCGAAGGUGAUCGCGAUGACGUGCACGCACGCUGCGCUGAAGCGGCGCGACCUGGUGGAGCUCGGCUUCAAGUAUGACAACAUCCUCAUGGAGGAGGCGGCGCAGAUCCUUGAGAUUGAGACCUUCAUCCCGCUGCUGCUGCAGAAUCCCGAGGAUGGCUUCAGUCGUUUGAAGCGCUGGAUCAUGAUCGGCGAUCAUCAUCAGCUUCCGCCGGUCAUCAAGAACAUGGCAUUCCAGAAGUAUUCCAACAUGGAGCAGGCGCUGUUCACUCGCUUCGUGCGACUCGGUGUUCCGACCGUCGACCUUGACGCUCAAGGUCGUGCGAAACCAGGAAUUUGCAACUUGUAUAACUGGCGUUACAAGAAGCUGGGCAACCUGAGUCACGUUCUCACUUGGCCAGAGUACAAGGUAGCCAAUGCAGGAUUCUUCUAUGAUAUUCAGCUCAUCAACGUAGAAGACUUCCAGGGAGGAGGGGAGUCUGAACCCAACCCAUAUUUCUACCAGAACCUCGGCGAGGCGGAGUACGUCGUCGCGACGUUCAUGUACAUGCGGCUGCUCGGCUACGCAGCCGACCGCAUCUCCAUCCUGACAACGUACAACGGCCAGAAGCACCUGAUACGCGACGUGCUCACACAGCGCUGCGCCAACAACCCCCUCAUCGGCUUCCCAAAGAUGGUGACGACCGUGGACAGGUAUCAAGGACAGCAGAAUGACAUCAUACUGUUAUCCCUCGUGAGGACGAAGGCCGUCGGCCAUCUUAGGGAUGUGCGGAGGUUGGUAGUGGCCAUGUCACGUGCCCGGCUCGGCCUCUACAUAUUCGCCCGAGUCUCGCUCUUCCAGAACUGCUUUGAACUCACCCCUGCAUUCAGUCAGUUGACGAAGGUGCCAACAAAACUCCAUCUGGCACCAUAUGAGCAGUUUCCCACCACUCGAAAGGUUGGAGAGAGACCCCGCAGAGAACCGCUGGUGGUAAAGGACAUGCCCCACAUGGCUUCCUUUGUCUACGACUUCUACAACAACAAGCUGCACGCCAUGCAGGCGUACCUACAGAAGUCGGCGCCCGAGCCAUACGAGAGCAAGGCGGAGGCCGUCGGGAGCGAGCCUCCACACCAGCACACCGUGCACAGGCUGUCAGAGCACCCGGCGGAAAGCGACAGCGAUGACGACGACGGCGGAGCGGGAGACCAGCAGGGGUUAACAAUUAAACAGGAUAUAAUGUCGCCAAUAGCACCAAGCCAAGCCGUCCCCAAAACAGACGCAAAAACAACAGUAGAAAAGGAAGCCACUGUGUCAACAGACGCGAAGUCGCCGACGGCAACAGUGAAAGUCGUCCUGCCGGCAGACACAACUUCACACACGGCAACAGAGGAGGUGAACGCAUCAGGAAAGACAGAGGCUGUCCUAGAAGCAGCCAUGCCUUCAUCGGUGGCAACAGAAGUAGUCGUCCCAGGACCAGACACUACGUCACAGAUGGAAACGAAAGAAGCACCGACAGAAACGAAGGAAGCCGUCCCAGAAGCGGACACAACGUCACCCAUGGAAAUAGACUGAAGCAGACACGAUCAAGCACAACAGAUAAAGUCUCACCCAAAGAUGAAGUCAAACUAUAGCCAUUCCUAAAGGCAGUCUACAGCCAAAGAACUACUUCAUAGAAAAAUGAGUAGAGGGACAUUGUUUAGUUGACACACUAUAUUUAUGUAUGUGUUGCCCAGGCUACGAUUAUGAAAGAUGGUCACACUGUUCACAUUUGAUAGCCACACACGGUUUAACUACUUUUAUGCAUUCAUAUGUAUGUUUUCCAUGCCCCAAAAUAAGGUAAUAUAGUACAGUAAUCAUGCCAUACACUGCAUUCACAGAAUGCUAUUGAAAAAAGUCUGUGUUUAUGUACAGCCUAGCAUUAUAAAAUAAAUGUGAUUCAUACUGUA